AUGUCACAACCAAUUCAUUUUGUGCAUGAGAAAAAGCCAGGGUCUUCCCUGGACUCGAAUCAAGUACGUGCUCUCCGAUCCCAUGUUCGGAAAGUCAAUCUCGAGCGGUCAAACCAGAAGAGCACUCGGCGAUUAGAGAAUUUUCGCUCCUUGACCAUUACAGAUUUCUCAGAGGGAGGCAAAGUGAAAAGCGGCAAGCGGAAACAACCCCCGAACCUGGAUGCCUGUCCCAGUCUUGAACCGGAAAUUGAAAACCUUCCAUCACGAGAAGGUGCUUCACAGCGUUGCCCCCUGAAUCCUGGUGAUGCUGAUAUUCCCACAACCGCCUUUCGGUUCCUGUCGUCAUCUGAUGGUGAGCGUCCUCCGAGACGGUGCAGCUGUAGCAGGGCAAAGCCACCCAAUCCAAAACUGCCGAGCCCGGGUCAACUCUCGAUUGGCGGUGCAUCUUCCUGCAAAGACGGGUGCCACCCAUAUGCAUCACAAAUUUCAAAAGCCAUUGACCUUGACGAAACACGAAUCGAUUAUCUUCUCAGGAGCUGUGCCUUCCAAGUGGCGGCUGAGCCACUGCUUGUGUCCGGCCCUGUCGAUGGGGACUUGACGACGCUCUCCCUAUUUCCAGAGUGCCUGACUAACUCAGCCUUUCUAUACGCCCUUCUCUAUUCCAUACUUCACAUCCAUAAUUCCUGUAACACAACGAACGAAUCACUCCUGCUCAAGACGAAGGCCAUCGAAUGUCUGAGAGAAGACUUGCAGAAGGACGAUCCCAACAUUCGAGCCCUGUCGAUUGGAACAAUACUGCUUCUAUCCUGCGUUGCGCAUCAUUGUGGUGACCUUGCCGAAUCCUCAGCACAUUCGGAGGGCCUCUAUAAGCUUCUCGAGCAUUGCCAUGCAGAUGGUACGCAACUAAGAUCUGAAGUCCUGCACGCAGUUUUUUGGCAGCACCUUCUAGGCACCGCGCUCGUGUGCAGCCAACAUCACUUUCAGCAACCGGAUUUUCGAGGUCUUCUGGGCCGGUCUGAAGAUUUCCCUAUCAGUUCACUGCCUGCCCUACCACUUGGAUUUGCUUUACACGAGGAAAUCAUUAGCAAUGAUGUACUGCUAUGUAUUCGCAAUGUCCUCUAUCUUCAAGAGCUCGCCGCCGCGGGUACUACGGAUCAGAAGAAAAUUGAAGACCUACAGACAUCUAUCCAAUCUCGGCUUGUCUUCCACGAGGAAAGCUGUAAGAAAAUUGGCCCGCUAGCAGAAUGCUGUCGGUUGGCAGUAUACAUUGUUUGUUACAUGACAAGUACCCCGACGUGGAGGAGCGCCUUUGUCCCAUUGAGACUGGCGGAGAAGCUUUUGGCAUACCUUGACAAGAGUUUUGCUACAGACUUAUGGCGCUAUCGACGCGAUUUAUUUCUGUGGCUGCUACUCGUCGGUAUGUCCGUUGGCAGAGGGCGCAACUGUUUUGCCGUUGAGCUGGCCUCUCGAUACCAGGAGUUCAUUGACAAAGUGAUCGAGGAUGUUUCAAACUGGGACGAGUUGAAGGAUGGACACAAAGCCUUGCACAAUGUCGUGAGACGGUUUAUCUAUGCUCGAGACUGGGUCGCAAAAAGACAUCAGAUCUCCCGUUGGACGGAUCUUGAGAUGGGGGUCUUUCUGUGUGGUUCCGAUGAUGUUGACAUUGACAUGGGAAACGAAGAAAUCGAUGCGCUUUUGAAAGAGCUGGUCCCGGAUGCUAACCUUUUUGAGUGA